AUGAAGGUCUAUCUUGUUACAUUUGCCAUUGUUGUGGCCUUGACAUCGACCAACACUCAUGCACAAACACUCGGUGAAAGCGUCGUCGCUGGUAACGAAGGCAUGUUCCCAGAUGACGCCACUGGGCAAGAUGUGAUGCCAGAUAACGAUACUACUGAUACUACCGAUACUGCGUCUUCCUCCUCACCGAGUGACUCGUCAACUAAUCCGUCGACAGAAUCCUUAGACUCGAACGCUUCGUCGUCAAAACCUGAUAAUGCCGAGACUCCCGAUACCAGUGCAAGUGCCAGUACUAGUUCUAGCUCUAGUUCUAGUUCUAGCUCUGAUUCCAACGCCAAUGGAUCUUCAGCUCCAGAAAGCAGUGACGCAACCCGCGCGGUUUUAGCAGUUGGUGCCACAGCACUCGCAAUUGUUUUGUCAUCGAUUUUUUAA